CUAAUUUUGUUUUAUCAAAUAUUUAAUAACAAGUCUAGUAAACGGCAAUAGAAAAUACAAUUGGCGAUUUCCUGUAGUAGAUAUUAAAGCGUAUCUCCCGCCUUUAUCUUAUAAUUUACUGAAUGAGAAAAAAGUGAGAGAAAAAGGGCGUGUCAAGUUCUCUGUAGUUCACGUGACUCAAGCAACCAGUAUCCACUAUCCAUUGUCAGUCAUUUCUUCGUUUAAAGUUGGACUACUGUAUAGACUUUAUGUUUUCGGAUUACUGGUGUUUCAAAAUUUUUGUUGUUUAGUGAAAUGAAAAAAAGCAUAAUAUUUUAAUGACAUAAUUUAUUACUUGAUAAUCUAACUGUAUAUUUAGCAGUUCUAUUAUUAAUUGGAAUACUUUUAAUGUUGCUAGCUUCGGAUCUGUGAUCCCGGAAAAGCUUUACUAUUCAUAACAAGAUGGCGGAAUUCGACGGUUCUUCAACUCUGAGUGCUACAGAACUUAGCUAUCUCGCCAUAGACCGUUCUGUGAUUAAUGACCCAGCUGUCCAGGCAGAAUGGGCAUCCAAGAAACUUGUUUGGGUUCCAGACGAAACCCAUGGUUUUGUUGCUGCCAGUAUAAAAUCAGAAAAAGGAGAUCAAGUAGAAUGUGUUGUGGACGAAACCGGCAAAAAAAUAGUUAUCCACAGAGAUGAUGUUCAAAAAAUGAAUCCUCCAAAGUUUAAUAAAGUAGAGGAUAUGGCUGAGCUUACUUGCUUAAAUGAAGCCUCAGUUCUGCACAAUCUCAAAGACAGAUACUACUCAGGUUUAAUCUAUACAUAUUCUGGGUUGUUUUGUGUUGUUGUGAACCCAUAUAAAAAGCUCCCAAUCUACACUGAAAAAGUUAUAGAGAUUUAUAAAGGCAAAAAGCGCCAUGAAGUUCCACCCCAUGUGUUUGCUAUUGCUGACAGUGCCUACAGGUGUAUGUUGCAAGAUCGUGAAGACCAGUCUAUUCUCUGCACUGGUGAGUCUGGUGCUGGUAAAACAGAAAACACAAAAAAAGUCAUCCAAUACCUGGCCUAUGUGGCAGCAUCCAAUCGAACCAAUAGACAGUCAGUAGGCUCAUCUCAUAUCCAGGAAGGAGGGAAAAGUAAUGUUGAGGCCAGUUUAAAACAGAACAAGGAUUUCAACCUUGGAGAACUAGAAAACCAGUUGCUGCAAGCUAAUCCUAUCUUGGAAGCUUUUGGCAAUGCCAAAACAAUUAAGAAUGACAACUCAUCCAGAUUUGGUAAAUUUAUUCGCAUCAACUUUGAUUCAUCAGGCUACAUAUCAGGGGCAAACAUUGAAACAUAUCUUCUUGAAAAAUCUAGGGCAGUUCGCCAGGCAGAAAGUGAAAGGGCUUUCCACAUAUUUUAUCAGUUCCUUCAUGGAGCUACACCUCAACAAAGACAGGAAUUUUUGCUGGAGGAUUGGAGUAAAUAUGCCUAUCUCACAUGUGGCAAAAUACUUGUGCCUGGAGUGGAUGAUGCUGCAGAGUUCAAGCUCCUGGUUGAUGCUAUGGGCAUUAUGGGAAUUACUCCAGAUAAUCAGGCUGCUGUUCUUCGCACUGUAUCUGCUGUUUUGCUUUUGGGAAACAUGCAGUUUAAACAGGACAGGAACUCAGAUCAAGCUACAUUGCCAGACAACACAGUUGCUCAAAAGGCAUGUCACUUGUUAGGUGUCCCUGUCACAGCACUCACCCAAGCAUUCCUUAAGCCUAAGAUCAAGGUCGGCAGAGAUUAUGUCACCAAAGCUCAGACUAAGGCUCAGGUUGAGUUUGCAGUAGAGGCUAUCUCUAAAGCACUCUAUGAGCGCAUGUUUAAAUGGAUUGUGACACGUAUCAAUAAGUCUUUGGAUCGUACAAAAAGACAAGGUGCAAGCUUCAUUGGCAUUCUUGACAUCGCCGGCUUUGAGAUCUUCAAGAUGAACUCGUUUGAGCAAUUGUGCAUUAACUACACCAAUGAAAAGCUACAGCAGCUAUUCAACCACACCAUGUUCAUCUUAGAACAGGAAGAAUACCAGAGAGAAGGCAUUGAAUGGAAAUUUAUUGACUUUGGCCUGGACUUGCAGCCCACUAUUGAUCUAUUAGAAAAACCUAUGGGGAUCUUGGCUCUUUUAGAUGAAGAGUGUGUGUUUCCAAAAGCCACAGACAAAACUUUUGUGGAAAAGCUGCUUGCUCAGCAUUCUUCUCACCCCAAAUUUCAGAAACCAGAUUUCAGAGCAGAUGCUGAUUUUAGUCUCAUUCACUAUGCUGACAAGGUGGACUAUUCAGCUGACCAAUGGCUAAUGAAAAAUAUGGAUCCUCUCAAUGAAAAUGUGGUCUCAAUUCUGUCUCAGUCGUCAGAUCCAUUCUAUGUCAACAUGUGGAAAGAUGCUGAAAUAGUUGGCAUGGGUGCAGCUCAGGCAGCAGAUACAAUGUUUGGAUCACGUGCUCGUAAAGGCAUGUUCCGUACUGUUAGCCAGCUUUACAAAGAACAGUUGGCCAAACUGAUGGCCACUCUACGCAACACAAACCCCAAUUUUGUCAGAUGUAUCAUACCCAAUCAUGAGAAAAAGGCUGGAAAAAUUGAGUCACAACUAGUGUUAGAUCAACUGAGAUGCAAUGGUGUUCUGGAAGGAAUCAGGAUUUGCCGUCAAGGCUUUCCAAACAGAAUACUGUUCCAAGAGUUUCGUCAGCGCUAUGAGAUCCUUACGCCCGGUGCCAUCCCUAGAGGUUUUAUGGAUGGCAAAAAAGCUGUUGAAAAGAUGAUAUCCGUCCUAGAGUUAGACUCCAAUCUUUUCCGCAUCGGACAAAGCAAGAUCUUUUUCCGCGCUGGCGUGCUUGCUCACCUUGAAGAGGAAAGAGACCUGAAAUUGACUGACAUCAUUGUCCAGUUCCAAGCUCUUGCUAGAGGCAUGCUGGCCAGAAGAAACUACCAGAAACGUUUACAACAAAUCAAUGCCAUCCGUGUUAUUCAGAGAAAUUGUGCUGCUUACUUGAAACUAAGAAACUGGCAGUGGUGGAGACUGUUCACUAAAGUAAAGCCUCUUUUGUCUGUGGCUGGACAAGAAGAAAAAAUACAUGAAAAAGAAGAGGAGCUCAAAAAAGUGAAAGAUACGUAUGAAAAGCAGAAACAAGAGACAGAGGAAUUGGAGAGACGUUAUGCUCAGAUCAUUGAAGAAAAAAAUAUCUUGGCUGAACAACUGCAAGCUGAAACAGAAGCAUGUGCUGAAGCUGAUGAGGCUAGAGUUUUGCUGACCAAACGCAAAGAGGAACUAGAAGAAAUAUUGCACGAGUUGGAGUUGAGGAUAGAAGAAGAAGAAGAUAGAAGUACUCAACUUCUUGAAGAAAAGAAAGCUAUGCAACAAACCCUGAAAGACUUAGAAGAUCAAUUAGAAGAAGAAGAACAGACACGUCAGAAGCUUCAACUGGAGAAAGUCACAGCAGAAGGUAAGAUGAAGAAACUGGAAGAAGAGGCAGCACUGCUAGAUGACACCAAUCAAAAACUAUUAAAGGAGAAAAAACAGUUAGAGGAAAGGUUAGCUGAAGCUCAGUUAAACAUGGCCGAGGAAGAAGAAAAGUCCAAACAGUUAGGAAAAUUGAAAAACAAAUAUGAAGCAAUCAUAGCUGAUUUGGAAGAAAGAUUACGAAAAGAACAACAGGCUAGACAAGAGCUGGAAAAGAUUCGUCGUCGACUGGAGACAGAGUUGACAGAUUUGAGAGAUCAGCUGAAUGAAAAGAGACAGCAAGUGGAAGAGCUGCAGGCACAGUUGGCUAAACGUGAGGAGGAAGUACAAGGAGCCCUCCAGAAAGCUGACGAGGAGCAAGUGUCCAAAACAACUUUAUCCAAGCAGAUGAGAGAACUAACCAAUCAACUCCAAGAAUUACAGGAAGACUUAGAAAUAGAAAAAGAAGCCAGAGCCAAGGCUGAGAAACUCAAGAAAGAUCUCAAUGAGGAACUGGAAGCUUUAAGAGGUGAACUUGAAGAUUCAUUGGACACAACAGCAGCUGUACAGGAACUGAGAACAAAACGUGAACAAGAAGUGACAGAAUUGAAACGUAUGGUUGAAGGAGCACAGAAGGCACACGAGGAAGGUUUGCAGGAAGUACGACAGAAGUAUACACAACAGCUUGAACAAGUCAAUGAAGAAUUGGAAAAUGCUAAGAAGGCCAAACUAAACCUUGAGAAGGCUAAAGUAACCCUUGAAGCAGAAAACAAAGAUUUGGAAAAUGACUUGAAGAGUGUACAGAUGGCCAAAACUGAAUCUGAGCGUAAGCGUAAACAAGCUGAGACUCAAGUAGCUGAACUUAGUUUGAAACUUGCUGAACUAGAAAGGGUUUCAGGAGAUUCUUCUGAGAGAGUCAAGAAACUUCAGAGUGAACUGGAACAAGCAGUCCAGCAACUACAAGUAGCAGAAACCAAAGCCUUACAAGGGCAGCAGAAAGUUUCUUCCUUUGAAGCUCAACUUGCAGAUGUUCAGGAAACCCUACAAGAUGAAACCAGACAGAAGCUUGCCUUCCAGUCCAAGCUGAGAGCUGCUGAAGAAGAGAAAGCUAACUUGGAGGAGAGGCUAGAAGAAGAAGAAGAAAUUAAAAGAGUCCUGGAAAAACAAAUUCAAGAACUAAACCAAAAGAUUGUUGAAAUAAAGAAGAAAGCUGAGGAAGACUUAGUAAACAAUGAAGUACUGGAAGAAUUCAAAAAGAAGUCUGCUAGAGAAAUGGAACAAUUAAAUAUUCAACUAGAGGAAAUGAGAUCACAAAAUGACAAAUUAGAAAAAUCCAGACGCAAGCUACAAGCUGAGGUUGAUGACAUGACUGUUGAACUGGAAUCUCAGAGAGCUAAUGUCUCCAAUGCUGAGAAGAAGCAACGCAAAUUUGAUCAAAUGCUUGCUGAAGAGAAAGCUGUCAGAGAAAGGCUAGCAGCUGAAUUAGAUCAAGUUGAGAAAGAGAGCAGAGAAAAAGAAACCAGGAUCCUGAACCUUCAGAGGCAGCUGGAUGAGUUGCAAGAGAGAGCGGAUGCCUUGGAGAGAGUAAGACAGCAACAAGCUCGUGAACUGGAAGAUCUUGUCUCAUCUAAGGACGACGUUGGCAAGAAUGUUCAUGAUUUGGAGAAAGCUAAGAGAUCUCUGGAAGCCACUGUAGCUGAGCAGAAACAACAAAUAGAAGACUUAGAAGAUGAAUUACAAGCUGCUGAAGAUGCUAAACUAAGGUUGGAGGUGAACAUGCAAGCAUUGAAGGCUCAAUAUGACAGAGAUGCUGCUGGCAGAGAAGACCAAGAGGAAGAAGCAAAGAAAGCUCUUCUUAGACAACUGCGUGAAAUGGAAGCAGAACUUGAAGAUGAGCGUAAACAGAAAGCUUUGGCUGUACAGAGCCGUAACAAGCUUCAAGGAACUCUUACAAGCUUAGAGCAACAGGUAGAAAUGGCCAACAAGGUAAAGGAAGAUGCAGUCAAACAGUAUAAGAAGAUUGCAGCUCAGCUGAAAGACUAUCAAAGAGACGUGGAUGAUGCAAGAAUUUCUAGAGACGAAGCUCUUUCUGCUGCUAAAGAUAAUGAGAAAAAGGUGAAGAAUCUAGAAGCAGAACUACUGCGCCUCCAGGAAGAACUAGCGUCUGCUGAACGCGCUCGUCGUAAUGCUGAAUCUGAGAGAGAUGAGCUCGCUGAUGAGAUAGGCAGUAGUGCUAGCGGCAAGCAAGCUCUUCUUGAUGAGAAGCGCAGACUUGAAGCCAGAAUUACUGAAUUAGAAGAUGAGCUUGAAGAGGAGCAUAACAAUAGUGAACUUGCUAAUGACAAGGCCCGCAAAGCUUUACUCCAGAUGGAACAAAUGGCUACAGACUUGGCAUCUGAAAGAACAGUGUCCCAGAAAUUAGAGAACCAGAGGUUAGCUCUUGAGCGCCAGAAUAAAGAGAUGAGAGACAAGCUUCAGGAGUUAGAAGGUCAGAAUAGAGCUCGGACCAAAGCCACUAUUGCAGCAUUAGAAAGUAAAGUGGCCAACUUGGAGGAACAAUUGGACCAAGAAGCCAAAGAAAGAGCUAGUCUUGCUAGAAAUAAUCGUAAAAUGGAGAAGAGACUAAAGGAGUUAAUGCUACAGGUGGAGGAUGAGAGACGUAGUGCAGACCAAUAUAAGGACCAGGUGGAUAAAGUCAACAAUAGGGUGAAAGCAUUAAAGAGACAGUUAGAUGAAGCUGAAGAAGAAAUUGCUAGGUCCAGUGGACAGAAACGCAAGCUUCAGCGUGAGCUAGACGAGCAGAUGGAAGCCAAUGAAGCAAUGACCAGAGAAAUGUCAACUCUAAGAAAAUACAGUAGUAAACCUACUAAAGAGAAAGAGUAAAACUCAAAGGCAUGACCCUCAGCAUCCAGACCAUCUAGAUCAGUCAUGUCCUCCAUUCGCGUUGGUUCAGACACAACAUUGGAUGAGCAGGGGUCUGAGGAUGGACAGGAUGACCAACCUCCUUCAGAGUCAUAAUUGAGUGUACAUGAUGUAUGAAUGUGUUCAGUUCUGUUGGCCUGGGCUAAACUUUGACAUUUUCUAUAUACAUAUAUAUAUACUCUAUUCUUAGUAGUCUGAGGGGCCUAAGUCAGUUUCCAUUGGGCUCACUUGCAAAGUCCACCCUCAAGAAUUAGCUGGUGUAUUCACAUUAUUUUUUUUUACACAUUAUUUAUUUCAAUGAACUUUUUUUUUAUUUGUGUGUGUGUAAAUUAACAACAAAAAUGUUGAGGAAUUUUCAUACACACCUGUCUCUGUAACUACUGGAGACUUGAGGCUAUAGAAUAAGAGAAGUAUUUGUUGAUGUAUAUAUUUAUAACAUAUGCUAAACAUUGUAAGUAACAGGAGGUGUUUUUUUUUUCUACUUAGACUACAUAUAAAAGAUUGUGUCUUUAGAGUUUUAAUUGGUUUGAUUUAGUUAUUUGAUCAUUUGGCAAUGCUAUUAGAUUUUGUCUUGACUUGAAUCAAUAUAAUAGUCUUACCAUACUAUAGUGUUAGAACAUAUAUAUUUAUAUAUAUAUAUAUAUAUAUAUGUAUGUACAUCAUUGGAAUGCCUUGACAGCUGUCCUAAUCAGUCAUUGUGUAUUAUGCCUUGAUGGGAUGUUUGAUGGACCAUGUUAAGGAUGUUGUUUUGUCCUGGGUUUUCUUACUGUUGAUCAACUCCAAUGCCCCCCCCCCCUCCUCCCCACUUUCGUCUAUCAGGCUGGCCAAAGAAACAUUUUGUUUUUUUCUCUGUUCAAGCAAUGACACAGUUAGUUGGAGCCAAGGUUCUACAACUCUGUCAUUAUGUUAACGAGUUGCUGGAUUCAACAUGAAAACAAAACACUCAUUCCAAAUCUAACAAGUAUUUUGUCAUGUCAGGGACUUUGUGUGUGUGCAACUCAUUGAAGCAUUAGCUCAUUACACUGAACAAUUUUUUUUUUUUUUGAUUUAUACAAUUGUUUCUACUUGAUACUAUGUAUUCUGUUUGGAUUUCUAGAUUGUUACUGAUACUAAGUUUUCUAUAUCAAAAGAUGUUUGAUUCAAACAUCUCCAUAAAGUCAUCACAUUAUUGUUUCACUUGCUAGUGUACUAAGAAACAAGAAUAGACAACUCUUGUCAAUAUAUGUAUUGAGACUAACCUUAAUAUGACUUAGCAAAAACCAUUCUAUUGACUUUGAUACAAACUCCUAACAUAUCCUUCUCGUUUUUUUAUUUAUACAAACAUUUUUUAACAGUAAUCUGGGCAUUUAAUGUUAUUUUCAAGUGGUUAAUUUUCAAAUACUAAUUUGUUAAUUAUGGGAUCAAAUUCUUCAACUUUCAGACCACUCGGUCUGUACAUACUAAGGAAAUGAAGGCUUGUUCAUAAAUAGCCUGAAAAGAUUUUCUUUUGUUUAGGCUUUCCUUCAUCUAGCAAGUCUUUGUUUACUGCUUCUUGCAAUACUAAAUGAUGUACUGCUUUGCUGAACUUCCAAAUAAACUCAAAUUCUAUA